UUGUAUCAGGUUUGCUUGUUCUUUUAGCGGCAUGCAACAACCUAAUGAAAGAUGUGUUCCAGGAGAUCUUCGGAUUCGUGGCUAUAGCAGGGAGUCUUACGUUGAUUUCUCCUAUAAUACUUGCUUGUAAAAACUUCUACUUCACAUUGAAAAAGGAACUUCUGACAGAAAUGGACAAAAAGGCUCUCAGUGCCCAGUUGGGCUUCAUGCACGUUGUGAAGGAAGAGGUGAAAACAAUCACAAAGUUCCUCCAGUUCCUGGGAUGGAUAGAGAAGCAAGAGAUCCGGGUGGUCCUGAAGAUCACCAAUUUGGACAAGUGCACUCAGGACAAAGUGGUGGAUGUUCUGGACGCCAUCAACAUACUUCUUUCCGACAAGGAUGCCCCAUUUAUCUCCAUCUUGGCUGCCGAUACAAGCAUCCUUGUGGAAUGUAUCCAAAAAAAUAAAAACACGAAUGGCUACUUGUACUUAAACCGAAUUGUGUCCUUGCCCUUCUCCCUGCCGCAGAUGACUCCUAAGGAUGAAGAAGUCAACAAUAAGGAAAUUAUAUUUAUCCGUGAUCAGUUGAAGAAUCACAGGUACAUCCCAGGGAAUUCUGCCCAACUGAAAAGGGUGCUGAGCACAGUCCUGACCAUCUGUUCCAUGACCAAGGUGACAUCGGAGACUGAAGCCGAACAUAGAGAAAAAAUAAAAGAGGCGAUAGAUUGGGUUGUUCUUGCCAACUGUUGGCCUUGCCGCCUGAGCUGGAUUUUGCAGUGUGAGGAAGAUAAUCGACAGCAAAGAAAACUUGAGGAAAGCCAGGCAGCAAACCCAAAUGUGAGGCAGGGCAAUGGCAGAAGAAACCAACAAGGGACGCAAGCCAAGAAAACGUUACUGCAAAUUUUACAACGACCACGAGUCAGAAUUGGCUGA